AUGCUGUUUGUACUUACCGAUUUUGGGUUUAUCCAGGAUCAAUUGAGCCUGCUUCACCUGGUCGGAAGUGGUGUCGUACUUCUCGUGAUCUGGCGCCUGUGGCGGUUCACCGUUCGUCCCUUGCUCAACCCUGACUCGCCGCGAGAAGUCCCCUAUCUGAUUCCGAUUGUUGGCCAUGCAGUCUCCAUGCUAAGGAGCCCCCAUGCGUUACUAUCAUCCGCAACCAAGGACUGCAAGGGCAGCGGAGAACCAAUUGCCAUCAAUGUCUUCGGCCAAAAGAUCUACUUCAUCCUAUCUGAACAAGAUGCCACGGCCGUGCUCAGGGAACCGUCCCAGCUGACACACACGGAGCACCUGAAGAACCUUCUCAUGGGCCUUGGCUGUUCGGAAUCAGGGAUCUCGGAGAUGGAUCACGACUCCGAACCCAAGGCCCCGCCAUUGGUUCUGGUCGCAGAGGAGCUGAUGCGGAAACAGCUCCUGGAAAAGUCUUUAAGCCCGGAGAUCCUCGCUCGCUCCUUGGAGGUUCUGGAGUCCCAUAUGCGAUGGGAACGCCUCGAAGCGCCAACCCUGCUUCAUGCCUCCGAGGAUGGGCGGGAGCGAACGGUCUCGCUGUACCAGUGGGCGCAGACCGCGAUCAUCCACGCCGUCACGACGGCAUACUUUGGCAAUGGCAUCUGGGAGCUCUCGCCAUACAUUGUCGAGGACCUUGUGUGCCUGGAGAGCGAUCUGUGGAUCCUGCUGUUCAAACUACCCCGGCCAUGCGGGAAAGAGGUUCGCGUGGCCCGAGCGCGGGUGCUGCGCUGCUUGGUAGACUACAUGCGUCUGCCGCCAUCGAGCCAGCAAGAUCAAUCCUGGGCUGUCAGGAACUCCAUCACGGAGAUGCGACGCCGUGGUCUGAGCGAGGACGAUAUGGCGUCGUAUCUGCUGAUGGUUCUCUGGGGCGCCAACGCCAACGUCUUCAAACUCCCCUUCUGGCUCCUCGCCCACAUCUGCACCGACCAGACCCUUCUACAAAGCGUCACCACCGAAGUCACCACCCUCGUCACCCAAAGCACCGCCGCCAACGAACCCCUCCCCACCCUCGCCCAGCGCCUCGAGCAAAACCCCCUCCUCUCGGCCCUCUACAACGAAACCCAGCGACUAACCAUGAACUCCAGCUCCGCGCGCAGCGUCGCGCAGCCGCUCACCAUCCGCGGCCGGACCUUCCAGGCCGGCGCGCACCUGCUCGUGCCCUACCGGCAGCUCGCCAUGUCGCACCCGUUGCUCGGACGGGACUGGGAUCGCUUCCGGCCGGAGCGGUUCCUCGACCACCCGGGGCUGGCCCAGAGUAAGAGCUUCCUCCCGUUUGGCGCGGGGAAGCACAAGUGCGUGGGGCGGUAUCUGAGCAAGCGGCUGUCGCUGACGUUUGUCGCGCUGGUGGUGCAUCGCUUCCACGUGCGCGCGCUGGACGGCGUGCCGGCGGUUGGGUUCACCCCCGUCUCGUCGGGGCCCGGUGGGCCCGUGAAGGGCGGGGAUGUGCGGGUUGUGAUUUCGCCCAAGGGGGGGAAUUGA